CAAAACAGCAGCACCGACUUUUUUUUCGCGAUCCAAAUAAGGUUAGGGCUCGCUCUCUCCAUUGAUUUCGCUCGUUUAGGCUGGAAACUCAGGCCCUAAAAUCUUCUCUUCGUCGCCGAUUCCUGUGACAAUUCCAGAAUAAAGGUUUCACUUCGAUUCUUGUGAUAGCCCCCACCCACCGGUAAUCAUUGGUUUAGGGCUUUACUUUAUUUUUUGAGUUUUCACGAUUUUUUUGGGUGCGUGAAGCUUUCAAUUUCGAUGUUCAACACAGCUUCAAGUCUAAACAUGUCUUUAAUUCAAUUUGGGGUUUCCCCUUUUAAAAUUUCUGGGCAAAUAUUCUAAGUUUUCAUGGCAACAUAUUGGAAUUAGAGAAAUUUAUAUGCUAUUAGUGUUUCAGAUUACUCACCCCGAUGUUUUCUUAGUUUUUAUCAUAAUAUAAACUUUUUUUACUUUUUUUUUUGGGUAGUCAUUACAUUUGUGAAAUUAAUGACAAAAGAUUUUUUUUUUCCCUUAAUUGCCCCAAAAUUCUAACCUAGAUCUUUCAUUCACAAAAACCACUCAAACCCUUUGUGAUUAUAAGUGUUGAGUUGGGGAGUAUCGGUUGGGAUAAGCAGAUAUGGUAAUGUUUAGCUCCAUGAUUGGUACUUAUGCAGAAAUUCGAAAUCUGCUGGUGGUGAUUAUAUCGUUAUAAACCAUACAAAGUCCAUAGCAAUUGGAAAGGAGCAAAUUAAUGCUUUGCUGUGAUUUUGGAUAUGACUGUAACCAAGGCAAGUAGGUACCCGGAAAGCUAUUAUGGCAAUGCCAUUCAAACAGCUGGUGAGUCUGAGGGUUCGGGUAUCUCAGGACGAAUAGACAUGGAAAUCGCUGCCUCUGAGGCUUCAAGUGCCUUGACGAGGAAGUGUAUAAGUAUGAGUUCUAGUAAGAGUGUCAAUUUUUGUUUUCCCAAGCAAGUUGUUAACUUGUCGAAUUUGUCACCAUCUGAAAGAAAGGAUUUGUUACAUAGAUUGAGAAAGAAUCUUGCACAGAUUCGAGUAAUUCUGAAGAAAGUUGAAUUGCAGAAGGCUAAUGGUCUUGCGAGGACUUCUUCCAGCGGCAUUCUCAGCUGUAGUAGUGGACAGAAUGUGCGAACCGUUGGAAAGUCCAAGAAAUCCUCAAUGCCUUGUGGCCAGGUCAAAAAUUUGAAUACUGGAGGUAAGAAAGCUGAAAUGAAUCGGAGUUCUUCUGGAAAGUUUGAAUCAACCAAUCGGACUUCAGCUGCAAGCACUACAAGUGUGAUGUUGUUGAAACAAUGUGAGGCAUUGUUAAAACGUUUGAUGGCUCAUCAGUUUGGAUGGGUAUUUAAUGUCCCGGUUGAUGUAGUGAAGUUGAAUAUUCCGGAUUAUUCUACUGUUAUCAAGCAUCCGAUGGAUUUGGGAACGGUAAAGAGCAAGAUAGCUUCAGGAUCGUACUCAAAUCCCAUGGAGUUUUAUGCUGAUGUGAGACUUACUUUCACAAACGCAAUGACCUACAAUCCUCCAGGAAAUGAUGUCCAUGCUAUGGCUGAUACCCUUAAUAAAUUUUUUGAAGUGAGGUGGAAGGCUAUUGAGAAAAAGCUGCCAAAAGUUCAUUCUGAACCACUACCUGAAAAAUCAGGUUCUGGUGUGGACUUGGAAAUAGUUGAGCCAACCCCCCCUUCAAAAAAGAGGAAAGUUAUUCCUACACAACCCGAGGUAAGACCAGAGCCAGCGAAAAGAGUAAUGAAUGAUGAGGAGAAACAUAGGCUGGGCAAGGAAUUAGAAUCGUUGCUGGGUGAGGAUGAGAUGCCUGUACAUAUAAUUGAUUUCUUGAGGGAAAAUAGUUCACAUAGCAAGGACACUGAAGAGGAUGAGAUUGAGAUUGAUAUAGAUGAUCUCAGUGAUGAUAUCUUGUUCACACUGCGUAAGCUUGUUGAUAAAUGCUUGGAAGAGAAGCAGAAAGCUCAAUUACAAGCUGAACCUUGUGAAAUAGAGCUUUUGCACGACUCAAGUUUGAGCAAUUCAUCCAUGCAACAUUACAAAGGAAAUGAGGCAGCUGAUGAUUAUAUUGACAUCGGUGGAAAUGAGCCUCCUGGCUCCAGCUGCCCCCCCUUGGAAAUAGAAAAGGAUACAGGCCAUGGGAUCAGUAAAUGUAUCAGUUCAGCCAGUUCCAGUGAUUCAGAAUCCAGCAGUCCUUCAGAGAUUGAGUGUGAUGGUGCAAAAGCCUCAACUUUGGUUAAUGCCUCAAAGGUACCAGAAACAUUGGACUCGGGAGCUGAGUUAGAAAAAAUGGCAACUGGUAAUGAUUUACAUGAAAUAAAUCAGUGUGAUAGUUGCUUGGACCAAGUCGAACAACCUCUUGAGCAAAAGCCAGAUUCUGUUGAAUCAGAGAGCCAUCAAGAUGCGGACAGUGCUCGAAGUGGGAGGCAGGUAUCCCCUGAGAAGCAAUACAGGACUGCUAUAUUGAUAAAUCGCUUUGCUGAUACCAUUUUAAGAGCUCGUGAAAAAACUCUUAAUGAGGGCGAUAGGGAUCCUGAGAAAUUGCGGCGGGAGAGGGAGGAACUUGAACUGCAACAGAGAAAAGAAAAAGCACGGUUACAAGCUGAAGCAAAGGCCGCUGAAGAUGCUCGAAGAAGAGCAGAAGCAGAAGCUGCUGCAGAGGCUAAACGGAAGAGGGAACUUGAGAGAGAAGCAGCACGACAGGCAUUGCUACAGAUCGAAAAGACUGUUGAAAUUAAUGAGAAUUCCCGGUUUCUCAAAGAUUUGGAAAUGCUUAGGACUGCCCCUGCAGAGCAGUUGCCUAGCUCUGCAGAUGAAACUAGCCCAGAUCACUCACAUGAUGGCUUGGGGGGGUUUAAGUUUGGGGGCACUAAUGCCUUGGAACAACUUGGCUUGUUCAUGAAGGAGGAUCAUGAAGAGGACGAGGAAGUUGAGCUGCCUUGUGUUCCUAGGUCUUUCAAUGAUAUAGAGGAGGGAGAAAUUGAUUAGGUACUAGUUCUUUUUUGUACUCAUGACUGGAUUGAGAAACAAGAAUAUUAUAUUUGUUCCAAAAAGGGGAAAAGUAAAGUAAAGUAAGUAAAGUAAAGGAGUACUUGGCUUAUGUUACCCAAAGGGGGCUAAAGUUCUUUCUUGUUCAUUCUCAUGGCGCUUCUAGAGAGAAAUGCAGAGAGCUAUCGCAGAAGAGUGUAUAUAUAGGUGGUGUAUGGCUGUUCUCCCUGACAGGGCAUGGAAUUGCAGAGAGGUUAGAUGUUGGAAGUACGCUACCAUAGUGGAGUGUCUUGAGUGUGUCCUUUGUUCUACCUAUAAGUCCAAGGAAGCAGGAUGUGAUAAUGAUAUAUGCCCCCCUCACUCUCUCUCUUUUAUUAUUCUUAUACAAAAGUGAGAUGAGUCAUUGGUUGGCCCCAUUUGAGUCUAUGUCUUACCCUGUUUUGUCUCAAGAUGUUAAGCAUUUUUUUUCUGGGGUCAGUUUGAUGUAAUUCAUAGUUCAACUGUAGAAAUUUUGUUAUAGUGCAAGUGUCCCCCAAUAAUAUAAAGACCAUCUAUAUAUACACUGUAUGUCUAACAAGGGUUUCACUUUGUUUAUUGUUUUUAAUUAUGGAUGAUUUUGUUAAAUAAACAAAUUGUAUUCUAA